ACAUUAAAUUCACUAUCCCUGAAGGAAAUGGAGAAGCGAUAAAUGUAUUUCUCUACUAUCGAUGAGUUUAUUAUUCAAAAGUCUUCCUUGAUCAAGUGAUAUACACUCAAGUAUGACUUCUAAGCCAAAGGCGUCGAGUCGGCUGGAAUAUGAAAUUUCGAAAAAUAGGGAUGAAGCAAACUGGAGAAAAGUAACAGAAUUAGCUGAACAGUUAAAUCAAAGAAGUUCUGGUUUGGAUGUCCUUGUGAAUUUUCUCAUUGGGGAAUCCAAGCUAGAGCAGUUUUUGGAAGAAAAUCUUCCAAUUGAAAGUAAUAUUUCGAAAGCAAAAACAGGAUUGACAGAGGCAAAACGUUAUCUACAGACAUGUAUUAGCGAACAAGGUGCAAAGUUGAAUGUGAUGAGGGAUGCACAUUUGUUGUUGGCCAAAUUACUUUAUUCUCAAGGUUCAUAUGAAGAUGCACUUUCUCAUCUAAAUAAGGGCGGAUUAGACAGCCUGACUGAGAGACCCUUAAGUAAUCGCAUUAUGAAGGUUGUGGCUGAAUCCUUUGCUGUGAAAGGGUUAUGCCUAGAAAAGAUCCCUCCCUCCUCCACCAGUAAAUAUAAGACAGCAGAAAGAGAAACUCAAGUCUUACAAGCGUUGGUGAAAGCUGGUGAUCUAGCUCUGAGGUAUUUACAAGAAAUGGAAAGGACUCAAGGAAACACAGGAGGCACAGUUCCCCAACUCAUGUCUGGGACGAAUCCUCCUACUUCUGGAUCCCCCCUACCACCCAAUACUGAAUACAGAAUCGGACCUAUUCUGGAAACUGCUCUGCAGAGGGCUCCUAUUUUAUAUAUCAAAAAUGGAAAAUUAAAGCAUGCAAUAGAGCAAUAUAGGAAAGUACUGAGUGCUAUAGAGACCAGUUCUACUCAAACUUUAAGACAGACAAUGUCAAGGCAAUUGGCUGAAGUACUACUAAGAGGAGUCUCAGAGAAAAGCUAUGUCGAUUAUGCUUUAAAACGAGAUGGGAAAAAUUCUGACAGUCCUUGGAAACCAAAAAAAUAUGUUGGAGCAAAUCUUUUUCUGCCAGAAGAUGAAAAUGAAGAAAUACUUCUGUUAUUAUUCAUCAGUGAAGCUAUGGCUGUGAGAAAUGCUGUUCUCGAUUUGUCUCCAGAAUUCGAAGAUGCUCGAGUUCAUUCAUUCCAUAACGUUUCAGCUGUUUAUGAUUUGCUCACUAUUGCUCUGAGUCGUAGGUCCCAGUUCAAUCUUCUCGUAGAUUCUUUUGAACGUGCCAUGAAAUUUGCAUUUGAAGAACAGCAUAUAUGGACGCAGUUUGCAUUAUCGCUCAUAUCAGCAGGAAAACAUUCCAGAGCUUACAUGGUUUUGCAUGAAGUUGCCCGCUUACAACCAAAGAACUCAUUGCCUUGCUUGUUGGCUUCAAGAAUAUGCUACGAGAACUUAGAUCUCCCAGAGAAAGGUCUCAAAAUGGCAGAAAUGGCUCUUGAACGGGAGACGGCCUACCCUCAAAAUAUACUGGCUCGAUGCCACAUUGCGGUCGGCUUGGGAUUAGAAAUGAUGUGUAGCAUCACCAGGACCCGAGCGUCGCGACACAAACUGAGGAAAAAGGCCUUUGAAUCCUUUUCAAAAGCCAGCUCUAUUGAUCCCAAUGAUCAUCUCCCAGAAUUUUAUAUGGCACUGAACUAUGCUCAAGCAAGGCAGCUGUCAGAAGCUGUUUUCCAUGCAAAAACAGCACUACACCUGAAGUCUGAACAUGUCCACUCCCUUCAUCUUUUAAUUCUUCUUUUAUCAGCUCAAAAACAGCACUCAGAGGCACUCCAGUUGAUUGAAGCGGCUCUAGAAGAAUAUCCAGAAAAUUUCAAUUUACUGUGCACUAAAGCUCACCUUGAAGAACACUGUCUAGGUGCUGAAGUGGCAUUACUCACCAGUAAACAGAUGCUUCAGUUGUGGAAGAAAGUUUACGAGACAAAACUAACAUCUGAAACUGAGGGCGGUGAUAGUAGAAGUUUGUUUCAUAUUUAUUCCUCAGAGUUUUCUGAUGUUGACUCUGGUUCACCUGCGGGAAAUUGUAGCACUGCUGCCGCCAAGGUGGAACAAGCACUCUCCGAAGUGGAAUCCUCCAUUAGCGGUUUCCAGCCAAAACCCGGACCUCAAUACGUAUGGUUGCUUCAACUGCAUAUUUGGCUACUCGUCAUCGAACUCUACCUCCGGCUCGGACAACUGAAAGAAGCCGAAGCUUCGAUCAGCGAAGCCAGUGCUCUUUAUCCACUUUCUCAUCAACUGAUGGUUAUGAAAGGCAGAGUUCAUGAAUGCAGACAAGAGUUUCAUGAAGCUAAGCUAUGUUUUCAAAAUGCAGUUGCUGUUAAUCCAUUCCACGUAAAGGCUCUUCAACAUUUAAGUAUGGUUCAUCAUAGUAUAGGAAAUAGCAGGCUGGCAGAGAAGCUCCUUAGAGAUGCCGUCACCAUAGAUCCUAUGUCACAUCAAUCUUGGUUUAAUAUGGGAAAAGUAUUGCAAGACAUGGGUGACUUUGUCACUUCCACUGAGUGUUUUGAAACGGCUAUAGAACUGGAGGCCACAUGUCCCAUAUUACCCUUUAGUAACAUUCCACGAACAUUCGAAUAAAUACUCUGCUUAUCUGUUAGAAAAAAAUAUACUGUUUCUCUAUCAAAAAUUUAUUUGUUUGUAAAUAUACUUAGUUUAUACAAGUUGCUUUGCUCAAAUGCAGUAAUCAUUGUUACCUAGUUGCCCUUUACCUAGCCUACU